UUUUUUUAAUUCAGAUACUUCGAAGUUUUUCUUUGAACCGGUGUACUGUACAUCGAAGUUGAAUAUAAUUUUUCAAGUAAUUUAGUAAUAAUAAAAUAAAUUAAAAUGAUCCAGUUCGGAGUAAUAGCUAGAAACUUUUCUAGUUCUUCAGCAGUACAAAGUGCAAUUAAAAAUGUUACAGUAAUUGGAGGUGGUUUAAUGGGAUCUGGAAUUGCUCAGGUGUCGGCUCAAGCAGGUCAAAAUGUGAUUCUAGUAGAUGUCAGUUCAGAUGUAUUAGCAAAAUCACAAAAGUCCAUAGGCAAUAACUUGGGCAGAGUGGCAAAGAAGAUUUACAAGGACAAUCCUCAAGAAGGGGAGAAGUUUGUGUCCGAGUCCAUGGCUAGGAUCAAAACAGCAACAGACCCCGUUAGUGCAAGCCAAGGCGCUGAUCUCGUCGUUGAAGCUAUUGUUGAAAAUAUUGACAUAAAACAUGAGCUCUUCAGAAAAUUGGAUGCGGCUGCCCCGAACCACACCAUAUUUGCAUCUAACACCUCAUCUCUCUCUAUCAAUGAAAUUGCAUCAGCUGUAAAGAGAAAAGACAAAUUUGGAGGGCUUCAUUUUUUCAAUCCAGUUCCUGUGAUGCGGCUUUUGGAAGUGGUUAAAGGUGCAGAGACAUCUGUGGCUACGUACGAAACUAUGAUGGCAUGGGGAAAGAGCGUUGGCAAGACCUGCAUCACCUGCAAAGAUACGCCCGGCUUUGUUGUUAAUAGAUUGCUGGUACCAUACAUUGCUGAGGCAAUUCGUCUCUUUGAAAGAGGUGAUGCAUCAGCUCGUGACAUUGAUAUUGCGAUGAAGUUAGGAGCAGGCUAUCCCAUGGGACCACUAGAAUUAGCCGAUUAUGUCGGCUUGGAUACCAACAAGUUCAUCUUAGAUGGGUGGCACAAAAAGUACCCACAAGAACCCUUAUUUAACCCAAUUCCUUUACUCAAUAAGCUGGUUUCUGAAGGAAAACUAGGUGUUAAAACUGGUGAGGGUUUCUACAAGUAUGAGAAAAAAUAAAUAGACAAAUUUGUUACAAGUUGAAAUUUCAUAAAUAUUUUUAUAGUAUUAUGUCGUAAGAGUAAUCAAUUGGUAUAUUUUAUUAAUGUAUUUCAUACUAUAUCUUUAUUAAAACUUUAUAUUUUGUAA